AUGCCCACCCCACUCGACAAUGCUAUGAAGUCAAAGAAUGCAGUCCUUGCAUUCGGAGGCUUAGUUACGGCUGUUGCCGUAUGGGCCAUCUACGGCGGGGACAUGUUUCCGGCAGGCGCCGAUCCAACUGGCAACCCCGAGGAGUGGACAAGAGAAGAGAUGAGGCGAUGGCUAGCGGCACGAAACUUAUUUCCUGGGGAGUCAGACACGAGGGAAGAGUUGCUUGCAAGGGUCAUGGCCAACAUGAGGGCCCCUAGGCGCUGA